GUCCCGCUCGGAUCAGCCGAGUCCGCAGCGUCCCAGCCGAGUCCGCUGCGUCCCAGCGGAGUCCGCCGCCGCCGACACGAACCAGCCGAGUCCGCAGCGCGCGACAGGGACAACAGGGGCGCCGCGCUCGGGGCCACACCGGGCAACCGCCAGACGACACCAGCAUGAGGCUCAGCACGACGAUUCUGCUCGUUUCCUGCAUGGUGAGCCAUGUGUCCAUGUCGAAAGGAGGCAAGGGGCAUAAAGGCGUCUGGGACAAGUUCAAGAACCUCUGGCAAGAUGACGAGGAGGAGUAUAUCGAGGUGGCGGUGCCGAUCCCGGUUCAGCAGCCCGUCUUCCAGCAGCAGCAGUCCGUCUACCAGCCGCAGCAGGCGGUGCCCCUCCUCCAGCAGCCGGUCGUGAUGGUGCAGGCCGCCCCGCAGGCCCCGCCGCCGCCGCCGCCGCCGCCCCCGCCGCCGCCGCCGCCCCGGCCCGUCAUCCACGAGGUGGUCAAACACCACGUGGUCAAAGAGCCGCCCGUCACCAAGUUCGUACGCGAGCCGGUGCCCGUGCCGCGCUACGUGCCCGUGCGCCACGAAGUGCCCGUCGACCGGCCCGUCUACGUCACCAAGACGCACGAGAAGCCCGUGGUGGUGACGCGCUACGUCACGCGGCCCGUCUACGUCACAAAGUUCCUCGAAAAACCCAAGUUCGUCACCCAGUGGCGGGAGCGUUACGUGACGGUGACGCGGUACAUGGAGCCGCCCAGCUCCGGAUACGGCGCGCCGCCGAGCACGGGGUACGGCGCGCCCCCCAGCACGGGGUACGCGGCGCGGGCCCUGCACACUGAGCAGGGGGAGGAGGGGGCGGCCACCCCGCCGAUACCGCAGAGGGUCGACUGGACCGCCGACGGCGCCUCUCGUCAGUACAGGGCGGGCGACGAUUGAGGCCGACGGCACCGACGGGGGACGAUAGAGGAGGGUAGAGCAAAGGUGCACCGGCACCGCAGAGGGUCAGUCAGAUGCUGCGAACGAAGUAUCAGCUCGCCGGAAAUCAGAGAGUGAGCCGAGUAGAAAAGGCAAAUAGUGCAAGUCAGAACUCGUACAAUCUGCGUUUGUUUGUCAUUUGCCAUCAUCAUUGCGAGAGUUAGUCAAUUUUGGUAGGUAAAUGACCAGCUUGUUACCGCCCCAAGGUUUCUUUCUGGCAAUCACUAUGGGCCAUGUCGAUAAAUCAAUAUAGGGAGGGGCAGGUUGUGAAUACGAAGAGUAGCAUUGUAACUUCAAAUGUACCAUUUGGUAGCAUUUGGCACUUAUCGGUUAGCUCACGAGUUUGUUGUUGUUACGUUGCGAUAUUUAUGUCAGUUUGAUAUCAGCCGGUGCCCAUCGUGUUUCAUCAGCUGAAAGUUACUUGUCAUUGAUUGUUUAAAUGCUUAAAUGUUGUAGAAGUGCGUGCAUUUGCCAUACAUGCAACAAGUUGCUAUGAUCUGAUUUGUUUUGUUAUGUAUGUUCCUGAUUGUUAUGUCCAAAUACAUGGAAAACUAGA